UGUUGGUGACUUUCCGAAUAGGCGCAUCUUCUCAGAGAACAGAGUGGCUGUUUUUACAUUCUAGGUGAUGAUACUCUAUGUGCGGGUCCCGGGACAGAUCCUCCGAUAGGCUGACGCCAACCUACCGACCCUCUCCGCCUCGGAUCCCCCGAAGAGGACCGGCUCACAGACCUCCAACUUCCUCCUCCUGAGAUCGAUGACGAGCUGCUAUCGGUUUCGUUCACAAUAGGUGCAGGAGUAGGCCAUUCGGCCCUUCGAGCCAGUACCACCAUUCGCUGUGAUCACGGCUGAUCAUCCACAAUCAGUACCCUUUUCCUGCCUUCUCCCCAUAUCCCUUCACUCCGCUAUCCUUAAGAGCUCUAUCUAACUCUUUUUUGAAAGAAUCCAGAGAAUUGGCCUCCACUGCCUUCUGGGGCAGAGCAUUCCACAGAACCACAACCCUCUGUGUGAAAAAGUUUUUCCUCAACUCCGUUCUAAAUGGUCUACCCCUUAUUCUUAAACUGUGGCCUCUGGUUCUGGACUCCCCCAACAUCGGGAACAUGUUUCCUGCCCUUAAUAAUCUUAUAUGUUUCAAGAGGUUGUUGUCGUUACGGCGCCGCUCAGCCUGGUUUGCCAAUCUCCCAGCGACGCACACAAGACGCUCGAGAAACUCGGCAGGCCAGGCAGCGUCUAUCGACAGGAAUAAACAGUCGACGUGUAGAGCCGAGACCCUUCCUCGGGACUGGGGAAAAAGAUGAGGUCAGAGCCGUAAGGCGGGGGGAGGGGAGGAGGGUGGUCGGUUUUGCCUCCGACUUCCACCCUGCCCCCAAAUUUACCCGGUCCAUUUCCGACACCUCCCUCCCCUUUGUCGAUCUGUCUUGUCUCUAUCUCCGGAGGCAGUUUAUCUACUGAUAUCUUUUAUAAACCCAUGGAUUCUCACAGCUGCCUGGACUACACCUUGUCCCACCCUGUCACCUGUAAAAAUGCCAUCCCCUUCUCUCAGUUCGUCCGUCUCCGCCACAUCUGCUCUCAGGAUAUCAAUCAGCUGCCUUUCCCUUUCUUCCACAGUCUUCUGUCCCCUCCUAUCAGCCUUCCCCUUCUCCAGCCCCGUAUCUCUUCCUCCGAUCAACUUCCCGGCUCUUCACCCGCCCCCCGCCCAUAGGACCACAGGAAGGGGGAGGAGGACCGGAGGGAGGCGAUGGGCAGAUUAUGUAUUGCAUUGAACUGCUGCUGCUAAAUUAACAAAUUUCACAUCACAUUCCGGCGAUAAUAAACCUGAUUCUGAUUCUGAAAUCUCGUUAGUUUUGCGAUGAAGAGCCUCACCUUGAGAACAGAUGUGGCGGAGACGGAGGAACCAAGAGAAGGGGAUGGCAUUUUUACAGACGGGAGAGACAGUGGCUUUGAAGAAAGUGGCCCUGCGUAAGCUGGAGGACGGCAUCCCCAACCAGGCCCUGCGGGAGAUCAAGGCCGUGCAGGAGAUCGAAGACAAUCAGUAUGUGGUGAAGCUGAAGGAUGUGUUCCCACAUGGCACGGGCUUCGUUCUGGUCUUCGAGUACAUGCUGUCCGACCUGUCCGAAGUGAUCCGAAACUCCGACCGGCCCCUGACUGAGUCCCAGGUCAAAGGUUACAUGAUGAUGCUGCUGAAAGGAGUGGCCUUCUGUCACCAGAACUCCAUCAUGCACAGGGACCUGAAACCGGCUAACCUGCUCAUCAGCUCGACGGGACACUUGAAAAUUGCAGAUUUCGGCCUGGCGCGGGUCUUCUCGAACGAGGGCGGCCGGCUCUACAGUCACCAGGUGGCCACCCGGUGGUACAGAGCCCCAGAGCUGUUGUAUGGAGCUCGUAAAUACGAUGAAGGCGUGGAUAUUUGGGCUGUGGGCUGCAUUUUUGGAGAGCUCCUGAACAAUUCCCCACUCUUCCCUGGGGAAAAUGACAUUGAGCAACUGUGCUGUGUCCUGCGGGUCCUGGGGACCCCCAACGAGCAGAUCUGGCCGGAAAUCAGGGAGCUCCCGGACUACAACAAGAUCACCUUCAAGGAGAACCCGCCCAUCCCGCUGGAGCAGAUCGUCCCGGACGCCUCGCCGGAGGCUUUGGAUCUCCUCAAGCGGUUUCUGGUCUACCCCUCCAAACAGCGCAUCAGUGCUGCCGAGGCUCUCCUCCACCCGUACUUCUUCACGGAGCCGCUGCCCGCCCACCACUCCGAGCUGCCGAAGCCCCAGAGGGGGGCCAGCAGGACCCUGCAGCACCAGCGCGAGUUCCACAUCGACCGGCCCAUCGCGGAGUCAGUUGUCGCCCCCGAGCUUGUCGCCCCUCACGCCAGGGUGUGGUGAGGAAGGGGUAAGGGGAUGGAUCAGACCCUGCUGCUGCUGCAUAGCCCCAGGAACCUGCAGAGCACUUGGAUGUCUCGCCCUAAACAGAGACUUUAUUGGAAUCAAAUAUAUUAUCACUGAUGUACUUCACGGAAUUUGUUGUUUUGCAGUACAGAGCAAAGAUUUAAAGCACCAUAAAUUACAAAAAAUAAAAAGUGCAAAAGACAAAUAAUGAAGGAGUGUUCAUGGGGUCAUGGACAGUUCAGGAUUCUGAUGGCGGAAAGGAAGAAGCUGUUCCUAAAUCGUGUGGUCUGAGUCUUCAGCUUCCUGCACCUCCUCCCUGGAGAAGAGGGCAUGACCCAGAUGGUGAGCGUCUUUAAUGAUGGAUGCUGACUUCUUGAGGUACUGCCUUCUUGGAGAUGUCCCCAGGGGUGGGGAGAGUUGUGCUGAGUCAACAACCCUCCGCACCCUCUAUUGAUCCUGCACGUUGGAGUCUCCUUCCCAGGUGUGUGAUGCAGCCAGUCAGAAUGCUCUCCACCGUACACCUGCAGAAGUUUACAGACUUUGGUGACAAACUCUAAAUGAAAUUUUGCCCCUGUUGUGCCUUCUUUGUGAUUGCGUCAAUAUGUUGGGCCCAGGACAGAUCCUUUGAGACAUUGACACACAAGACUGCUGAUGUCUCGACGAGGACCGGUGUAUGUGUUCUCCCGACCUCCCUGCCCUGAAGUUCACAAUCGGUUCCUUAUUCUUACUGACACUGAGUGCAAGACUGUUGUUACGACACCACACAUCCAGCUGAUUUAUUGAGCUGGUUGAGUUGGCAGUAAAGAAGCCAAAUGUGAUUCAUUUCAAGAAGGUGAGAUGUAUACAAAGCAAGGAUGCUUUAUGGACCUAGUCAGACCACAUUUGGAGUAUUGUGAGCAGUUUUGGGUCCCUUAUCCAAGAAAGGAUCUGUUGGCAUUGGAGAGGGUUCAGUGGACGUUCACGAGAAUGGUUCUUGGAAUGAAAGGGUUAAUGUAUCAGGAGUGUUUGCUCUGGGAUUGUACUCACUGGAGUUUAGGAUAAUGGGAUGUGGGGGGAUGUCUUUUAAACUUAGUGAAUAUCAAUGCCUAGAUAGAAUGGACGUGGAGAGGAUGUUUCCAAUAGUGGGAUCAGAGGGCACAUCAGAAUCCAAGGAUGUCCCUGUGGAACAGGGAUGAGGUACUUCUUUAGACAGUCUGGUGAAACUGUGGAAUGCAUUGACACAGAAGACGAAGGUUUAAAGCAGAGGUUGAUUGGUUUUUGAUUAGUAAGGGUGUCAAACAUUUCAGGGAGAAGGCAGGAGAAAGGGGUUGAGAGGGAUAAUAAAAUAUCAGCCAUGGUAGAAUGUCGGAGCAGACUUGAUGGGCUGAAUGGCCUAAUUCUGCUCCUAUGCCUUACACCUAUGGUCAACCACUCGAAUGAUCUCUUGUGUACACCUCCUCUUUUCCACCUAAGGUUCAGCCAACAACAGUGGUGUCAUCAGCAAAUUUAAAUGUUCAAAUGUACUUCUAAAUUUAUUAUCAGUGUACACACAUGUCACCACAUAUAGUCCUGAGAUUCUUUUUCUGCAAGCAUACUUAGCAGAUUUAUAGAACAGUAACUGUAAACAGGAUCUGUAAACAUUAGGAACUGUAAACAAAUUGUGUAAAUGCAGAUAAAUAAAUAGCAGCAAAUAACGAGCAUGAAAUGUCAAGACAAAGGAGUUCUUAAGCGAGUGAAGUUAUCCCCUUUUGUCAAGAGCCUGAUGGUUGAAGGGCAGUAGCUGUGGUGGUGUAAGUCCUGAGACACCUGUACCUUUUACCUGAAGGCAGCAGUGAGAAAUAAACAUGGCCUUGGAUGGUGGGGAUCUCUGAUGACGGUUGCUACCUUUUACAGCAACAUUUCAUGUCGAUGUGCUCAAUAGUUGGGAGGGUUUUACCCAUGAUGUACUGGGCCAAAUCCACUACCUUUUGUUGGAUUUUCUGCUCAAAGGCAUUGGUGUUCCCCUAUCAGGCCAGUCAGCACACUCACCAUCACAGAUGGAUAGAAAUUUGCCAAGCUUUCUGAUGACAUGCCAAAUCUCUGCAGACUCCUGAGGAAGUAGAGGCCCUGCGUGCUUUCUUCACAAUAAUAUUUAUAUGAUGGGUCCAGGACAGGUCCUCUGAGAUAGUGACACCCAGGAAUUUAAUGUUACUGACCCUCUCCUUCUCUGAUCCUCUGAUUACUGGCACGUGGACCUCUGGUUUCCCUCUCCUGAAGUCUACAAUCAGUUCCUUGGUCUUUUUGACAUUGAGUGAGAGGUUGUUGUUAUUACACCACUCAGCCACGUUUUCAAUCUCCCUCCUAUAUGCUGGUUCACCACCACCUUUGAUACAGCCCACAACAGUGGUGUCAUCAGCAAACUUGUAUAUGAUGUUGGAGCCACACAGUCAUAGAUGUAAAGUGAGCAGGGGGCUGAGCACACAUCCCUGCAGUGCACCUGUGCUGAUGGAGAUUGUGGAUGAGAUGUUUUUGCCAACCUGAACUGACUGGGAUCUACAAGCCGUGAAUCACAGACCAGACAAUGCUGAUCAAAAUAAUUUAGAUGUCUAUGGUGUGGGUGCGAAUCAGGAAGUGUGAAGUUUUGUGUGUAGUUUCAAGGAAAGUAUUGUAAACAUUGAAUUGUCCUUUGGUGUUCAGCACCUAAAAUGUGUGUAGUGCUAGGCAUCUGCAGACCUAUCGAUCAAAAGCAGCUCCAUGUGAUGCCUGCUCUAUCUUGUUUCGUCAAAUAAAGAAGCUGCUUCAGAUCAGCCAGUACUUUUCCCUGGUGACUUCAUUCAUGCAAAAACAUUUAUAAAUUCAUUUAUAAACAUUUAUAGAUGGUGGUUGAGCUGUGCCCAGCCACACAGACAGGAGUGGAGAGAGUUUAGAGCAGUGGGCUAAGCACGGAUCCUUGAGGCGUCCCUCUGUUGAUUAUCCGUGAGAACGAAAUGUAGUCACAUUGAAGCAGCAAUGCUGUCAUUGGGCAGGAGGUACAGGAGCCUUGCGUCCCACACCACCAGGUUCAGGAAUAGCUAUUACCCUUCAACCAUCAGACUCCUGGCCUGUUUGUCUUCUGUUUCUCAUUGGUAGUUUGUACAUCUUUCUGUGUAGCUUUUCACCAAUUCUACUGUACGUCUCUGUUCUGAGAAUCUCAGGGUAAUAUAUGGUAACAUAUAUGUACUUUACUUUGAUCUCUUGAACUUUGGUGAAAUUGAGGAUCCAGUUGAGAAUGGAGAUCCGUGUCUCAUACAUAAUAUAUUCACCCUCCCACGCACACACACUCACAGAAAAUGAAGCCUUUGCUGUUCUGCAUCGUCUUCGGCUGUCCCUCAGGACUGAGAUUGUACAAGGACUUCUGAAAAUCAAAGCUCAAAGUAAAUUUAUUACCAAAUUACAUGUAUGUCACCAUAUACUACCCUGAGAUUCAUCUUCUUGCAGGCAUUCACAGUAGUCAUCCUGGGUGGGCUCGAGCCACCAACCUUUCAGCCGAAAUGCAGACUGACCCUGCCACAGAGACCUCUUAUCCCCUUGAGCCUGCCCCACUGUUCAAUGUGAUUGUGACUAAAGUGCACUGCUCCUCCACAGCCCUCAGUUCCUCCAAUCUUCUGCCUCCUUUUUAAAUAUCCUUCCCAAAAAUGUUACUGAUCCUCAGCAACCCUCCAGAUUACACUACCCUCUGCGCAAAGUUCCUACUCACCUCAGUUUUAGACAACCAGUCUCCCCUGUAUGGUUCGGUCUGUAACCAGCUUCCCCUCGAUGGACUGUAUGAAGUGAUGAUUAAGAGUUGGGCUUAGACCACUUGGCCCCUUGAGACUGCACUACCAUGCAAUCAGUGGAUCUGCUUGUAACCUCAAUAUGUCAGCCUGUCCUGGUCCCCAACUGUGUAGAUAUCACUAUCAAGAAAGUUCACCAACACCUCUACUUUCUCAGGAGGCUAAAGAAUCAGAAUUACAGUACAUCUAAUAUCACUGGCAUAUGUUGUGAAAUUAGUUAAUAUUAUGGCAGCAGUACAGUGAAAUACAUGGCAAAUAAAUAGAGAAGAAAAACUGAGUUGCAUUAAGGAUUUAUACGUCUUAAGUAGUUAAGUUAAAGUAAGUAUUGCAAAAUAACAAAUAAAAAAGAAGUGAGGUAGUGUCCAUAGGUUCAGUGACCAUUUAGAAAUUGGAUGGCAGAGGGGAAGUAGCUGUUCCCGAGUCACUGUGUGUGUGCCUUCAGGCUUCUAUACCUCCUUUCUGAUGGUAACGGUGUGAAGAGGCCUGGGUGGUGGGGGUCCUUAAUGAUGGAUGUCACACCUUCCUAAAGGACCGCUCCUUGGACAUGUCUUGGAUACUACGGAGGCUGGUACCUAUGAUGGAGCUGACUAAUUUUCCAAGUUUCUGCAACUUACUUUGAUCCUGUGCGGUAGCACCCCCCCCCACCAAAUACGUGAUGCAGCCAGUCAGAAUGUCGCAUGUUCCCAUUGACACACCAAUUUUUAUCGAUGCGCCGUAGAAAGUGUACUAUUCAGAUGUGUCAGGGCAUCUGCUCUGCAUGAGACCACAAGAACCUGCAGAGAGUUGUGAACACAGCUCAGCAAAUCACAGGAACCAGCUUCCCCUCCAUGGACGCUGUCCAUACUUGUCACUGCCUCGGUAAUGCAGCCGGCAUAACCAAAGACCGACCACACACACACACACACACACACACACACACACACACACACACACACACACACACACACACACUCACAAAAACACACACACACACUCACUCACAAACACACACACACACACACAUUCACAAAAACACACACACACACUCACUCACAAACACACACACACACAAUCACAAAAACACACACACACUCACUCACAAACACACACACACACAUUCACAAAACACACACACACUCACAAAAACACACACACUCACAAACACACACACACACUCACAAAACACACACACACUCACAAACACACACACACUCCCACUCACAAAAACACACACACUCACACUCACAAACACACUCACACUCACACUCACAAACACACACUCACAAACUCUCACACUCACACUCACAAACAGACUCACACUCACACUCACAAACACACACACACUCACACUCACUAACGCACUCACACACACACACUCACACACACACUCACACUCACACUCACAAAAACACACACACUCACACACACACUCACACUCACACUCACAAACACACACUCACAAACACACACACUCACACUCACAAGUGCACUCACACACUCACACACACACACACACUCACACUCACAAACACACACACACACUCACAAAACACACACACACUCACAAACACACACACACUCCCACUCACAAAAACACACACACUCACACUCACAAACACACUCACACUCACACUCACAAACACACACUCACAAACUCUCACACUCACACUCACAAACAGACUCACACUCACACUCACAAACACACACACACUCACACUCACUAACGCACUCACACACACACACUCACACACACACUCACACUCACACUCACAAAAACACACACACUCACACACACACUCACACUCACACUCACAAACACACACUCACAAACACACACACUCACACUCACAAGUGCACUCACACACUCACACACACACACACACUCACACUCACAAACACACACACACACUCACAAACACACACACACACUCACACUCACAAACACACAAACACACACUCACAUGCACAAACACACACACUCACAAACACACACACACUCACACUCACAAACACACACACACACACACUCACACACACACACUCGCACUCACAAACACACACACUCACAAGCGCACUCACACACUCACACACACACUCACACUCACAAACACACACACACACUCACAAACACACACACACACUCACAAACACACAAACACACACUCACAUGCACAAACACACACACUCACAAACACACACACACACACACACUCACAAACACACACUCACACUCACAAACACACACACACACACACACUCACACACACACACUCGCACUCACAAACACACACACACACUCACACACCAUUCUCUCUUCUCGCCUCUCCCAAUGGGCAGAAGAUACAAAAAUCUGAAAGUACGUACUGUACUACCACGCUCAAGGACAGCAUGUACCCGUGCUGCUCUAAGACUAUUGAACGGUACUCUAGUUUGAUUCCUGAUGGAAUUUCCUCCAUAGAUGCUGCUAGACUUGCUGAGUUCCUCCAACACUUUGCAUGUGACCUCACAAUCUACCUUGUUACGAUCUUGCACCUUAUUGUUUACCUGCUCUGUACUUUCCCUGUAGCUGUUACAUUUUAUUCUGCCUCGUUAUUGUUUACCCUUGUUCUGCCUCAAGAGCUGCAUAAUAAUCUGUAUGAACAGUACCUACCUUGGAAGAUGUGACAAAAAUAAUUCAAUUCUUCUUUCACUAGUGGAAACAUCUUGACAUCCAUCUUGUCUUGCCCUUUUAGGAUAUUAUUAUGAUAAAUCCUUCUAUAAAAUAUAGAAUUAACCUUUUAAUCAUAUUGUGGAACUGUUCAGGAUUGCUUCCAAUACUG